CCUCAAAACCCAACACCUUAAGAGGCGGUUCUUUUGCCCACACUCAACAUGGCGGAAGUAGUAACAGUUUCUCUAGUCUGAUAUGGGAGCGUAAAUACGCGGACGGGAGCGGGCGCUUUUGAAGUCGUUCGCCAGUCUUCGUUGGCCGAGGGAACGAAGCCUUCCCCAAAGUCGGCAGGCGUAGCCUAGGCCUGGCUGUGAGGCCAUGAGCCACGGAGCCGGCGGUAGCAACAGGAGCGUCGGGACGAAGCCUCCGAGGGCGGAUGUCUUUCGCUUGCCCGGCCGUCACGGCUACGCAGUAGAGAGUUCACCCUAUCUGCCCAGGCGCUUGGCCUGCGCCGCCUCUCAGUACUACGGGAUUGCAGGUUGUGGAACACUAGUAGUAUUGGAACAAAGUGAUGCUGGGAUUCAUCUGUUCAGGAGUUUUGACUGGAAUGAUGGCCUGUUUGAUGUGACAUGGAGUGAGAACAAUGAACAUGUGCUGGUCACUUGCAGUGGGGAUGGAUCUUUGCAAAUCUGGGAUACAACACAACCUGAAGGUCCACUGCAAGUCUACAAAGAGCACACUCAGGAGGUUUACAGUGUUGAUUGGAGCCAGACAAGAGGAGAACAGCUAAUAGUAUCUGGGUCAUGGGAUCAAACAGCAAAACUGUGGGAUCCUACUGUGGGACAGUCAUUAUGUACUUUUAAAGGCCACGAAGGUGUCAUUUACAGCACAAUAUGGUCUCCGCAUAUCCCAGGCUGCUUUGCAUCUGCUUCAGGUGACCAGACAUUACGAAUUUGGGAUGCUAAGGCGCCAAGGCUCCCAGUAGUAAUUCCAGCACACCAGGCUGAGAUUUUAAGUUGUGACUGGUGCAAAUAUGAUCAGAACUUGCUGGUAACAGGUGCUGUCGAUUGCAAUUUGAAAGGCUGGGAUCUGAGAAAUAUCCGGCAACCAGUAUUCAGUCUCUUUGGCCAUACUUACGCUGUAAGAAGAGUAAAGUUUUCACCGUUUCAUGCCACUGUAUUGGCAUCCUGUUCCUAUGAUUUUACUGUGAGAAUCUGGGAUUUCUCCAAGCUCGACCCUCUACUUGAAACUGUGGAACAUCAUACUGAGUUUACUUGUGGCCUGGAUUUGAGCUUGCACCAUCCUGGUCAGGUGGCAGACUGUGCUUGGGAUGAGACAGUGAAGAUCUAUAGCCCUUGUUCAUUAGUAAUUUCUGCAUAGAAUGAUAUACUCCAUGGAAGACAGCAAAUUUGGAAGGAAUCACUUCCAGUUUCCCAGCGCAGGACAGAACAGUCACAGAAUGUAUUGGAAUCUUGAUUACCUUCUUAUUUCUUGAGAUGUAAUUUCAUGUUUUAAAUGAAGAAAUGCUGUUAAGAGCAAGUUCAAAGUGCUCUUUCUAUAAAACUACAUUGGGGGACAGCAGAAAAAUCACAUUCUGUGGAGAUGGAUAUAUGAGGAGGAGGGCAAAAACAUUGGUAGUCUUCUCUGCGAAUAUGAUAAGGGGUAUAUGAUAAGCAGUCACGUAAAUAUUGGGUGAUUUAAACCUAGUGCCCUACAUCUAUCAUAGGAAAAGAAAUGCAAAUUGGGCUGUAAUUUGAUCCCUCAUUUCUAUUAAAAUAUGGUGUUUAUGACGCAGUCACAUAGCAUCAAACUGAUACAUCUGAUUGGUUUGAUUUCACUGUGGAUACGUUUUGUUAUCAACCCUAUGUUAUACCAUGGUAAAUACUGCUGAUGAACAGUAAGUUACACACCAUUAUCUAACUCUGCGUCAUUCAACUUCUGUUUAUUUGUUUUAAUCGGGAAAAUAUCAACAAUGGUUUUUAGGGUUUUUUUGGUCUAUGAGCCAAUCACACAUCAUGUUGCAGAUAACCUCAGGAUUCAAGCCAUUACAUUUUUGAGGUUCAAUUUAGAUUCAACUGUGACUAAAAUAGCUUUUGUAACCCCUUAAAGAUAAAAUUCUGGUUCCUGCAAGGCACCACAAGGGAAGGAACCGGAGGGGUAAUGGGACAGUGCCCCCUGCAUUCUUGGGGGUGUGUGGAGAUAAGUUGGUGGCUGGAUAGUCAGCAGCCAUCUGACUCUCUUGCCAAGCCAUGGGCUGUGGCAGAGCUUUCCAAGAAAACUGGGUGGGUAGUUUUCCUGAUGGGUGAAGGUUCCAUUUGUCUCAGUUCAUGGAAUUUCAUGUCGCCUGAAUAAAGUAUAUGCACAUGUUCAAUAGUACAAGUUUAAACAACACCUCUGUGUGUGUAUAUACACACACAAAAACAUAUACAUACAUACACACACACUCUGGGUAUAUAUUAUUGACUCAAUUUCAGCCUGGACUUAAUUUCAAUCUAGUCAUUAUUUGCUCAGUCUUUGUUUGAUUAGUGAUUUAGGAUCUCUUGAAGAAAAUGAUAUGUGGUAUAAGGACCUAAUAUGCACCUGUAACUUAUUUCUUGAUUAUGAUUCAAAUGAUCUCUGAGGGAGACAUUUAAAGAAUAGUUUGGGGUUUUUUUUCCCACUAGCUGAUCUGGGGGAAAACAAAGGCUUGCUUGGGCAUUUUGUUUGAGAACAAUUUGAUUCCUGGGAUCAGUUUUGGCCAUCUUUAUGCUGUCGAAGUAUCCAACAUUUGCUGACAAUUAGUUGAGAAGAAAUCCCUGAAAUUAUGGGGGAGGAAGAGAUCUAAUUUAGAAAUCUAGCCCUAUUUGUGGUUUCCACACACUGGGGUCUAUAUUGUUUUGGGGCAGACAAAAAUCUCACUGUUUUAUCAUAUGAUACAGAUUAAGUCCUUAAUACAUAUCUAAAAUCUGAUUGUUAUAUAUAUAUAUAUUCCCAUCUGGUAGCUAUUGCAAGCCAAAUUUUGUUAUUCUAGUCUAGAAAUCUCGGCAUACAGUCCAAGUGCUUAAAGGGCUCCAGUGAUGCACUUGAAGGAAAACAUCUGUGGGUACUUUUCUUAGUAGAUCUGCUGUGUUCUUAGUAGAGAAGCUUUAUGCUAGUUUGUGAUCUACUGGACUAGGACAGAUUUCUGAAUUUUCUUAUUUACAAGUCUGUAUGUCACAUUAAAUGUGAAAGAUUCAUUUUCUGUUUUCCUUAUAGGGUAUUGCAAAAGAUGUACAAGUAUCUGUGACACUCAGCCUGUGAACUGAGAAAUUACAUAGAACCAUAAAAAGUACUGCAUACCGCUUUCAGUUAUACUGAAGGCAAUAAAUGCAAUAAAACUGAUAAUUUCAA